AUGUAUCGCUACGUUGUACGUGCGAACAAAGAACUCGAGUGCCUUAAUAUCAAGGUCUGCCGUCUCCACACCGCCAUUAUCGAUGAGGACAAGCUGCUAAAAGCAGCCCUGGCCAGUCUGGGCUGCUCGCAUCUCCUGUACUGUGCCAUGCAAGACUUUGCCCUGCGUUGCCAGGCUGUCAACAACCACCUACUGCGGCGCAUCUUCCAAGUCUACGACCUACCUGGAUACACCGGCACUCAAGGGUCUGGAGAGGCCGAAGUUGAUAUGGUCAGUCAGACACGCCUUUCCUCUGUCCAGCUCACAGUCGACAAAAUCCCGCCAUUGCUGACUCGUCCGGAUGAUAUCUGUGGUACUGGUGGAGACAUAAGUGACGACGAAGGCAGUGAGGAAGCUCAAGGUAAUGUUGCUGCAGUUGUAGAAUAUAUUGCUGGACUCUCUAUUAUAUGA